AAAGCCCCUGCCCGGCCCGGCCCCCCGAGCGCCGCCGGGCCCGAGCGCCGAGCGCCGGCUCCGACAUGUCCGGCAAGAUCGAGAAAGCAGAUUCUGAGCGUUCUCAUCUCUCCUCGUUCACCAUGAAGUUGAAGGGCAAGUUUCAUUCACCAAAAAUAAAGAGAACACCUUCAAAGAAGGGAAAACAAGCUGACCUGACAGUGAAAACACCAGAGAAGUCAGUGAACAAAAAUGUCUCGUGGCUGGAGGAGAAGGAGAAGGAGGUCGUCAGUGCAUUGCGCUACUUUAAGACUAUUGUGGAUAAAAUGGCAAUUGAUAACAAAGUAUUAGAGAUGCUGCCAGGCUCAGCCAGUAAAGUGCUGGAAGCCAUCCUGCCCUUGGUGCAAACUGAUCCUCGCAUCCAGCAAAGUUCUGCCAUCUCGUCCUGCUACAGCCGCGUGUACCAGAGCCUGGCCAACCUCAUCCGCUGGUCUGACCAGGUGAUGCUGGAGGGGGUGAACUCAGAGGACAAGGAGAUGGUGACAACAGUGAAGGAUGUCAUAAAAGCUGUUCUGGAUGGAGUCAAGGAGCUGGUCAGACUCACGAUUGAAAAGCAGGAGCAUCCCUCUCCCACAAGCCCAGUUAAACCCAGUUUACCAGCAUGUAAAUCUGACAGCCCAUCAGAACUUCCCCUUACAGACCGAGAAAUGGAGAUCCUCAACAAGACAACCAAUAUGACUCAAUCCAACGAGCUGCUGACUGACUCCAUGGAUGAAGAAGUUGCACCUCCUAAACCCCCUCUGCCCAGCAUUCGUGUGGCAGAGAACAGCCCUCCACCAGCACUGCCCCCUAAAAAACGUCAGUCGGCACCUUCCCCGACCAGAGUGGCAGUUGUGGCCCCCAUGAGUCGAGCUACCAGUGGGUCCAGUUUACCUGUUGGAAUCAACAGACAGGAUUUUGAUGUUGACUGCUAUGCCCAGAGAAGAUUGUCAGGGGGAAGCCACUCCUAUGGGGGGGAAUCUCCUCGUCUCUCACCGUGCAGCAGCAUCGGCAAGCUCAGCAAGUCUGACGAGCAGCUCUCGUCCCUGGACCGCGACAGCGGCCAGUGCUCCCGGAACACAAGCUGUGAAACCCUGGAUCAAUCGGAUCACUAUGAUCCAGACUAUGAAUUCCUGCAGCAGGACCUCUCCAAUGCUGAUCAGGUACCUCAGCAGGUGCCAGGUAUCCUCAGCCCAUUGCCAGAGUCCUUGGGUGAGUCUGGCUCCCCUUUCCAUGGACACGCUUUCCAGCUCCCGCAGGGCAGCUCUCCUCCACUGGAAUUCUGCAGCCUCUCGGGAUCAGCACCACCAACAGAGACUCCUCCAGCUUUACCAGAAAAGAAGAGGAGAAGUGCAGCCUCCCAGACUUCUGAUAACUCAGGCUGCAGGGUGUCCUAUGAGAGACACCCUUCCCAAUAUGACAACAUCUCCGAGGAUGACCUGCAGAACGCCGUGGUUGUCCCAUCAAUACCCUUCACGCCGUUUGCUGCUGUUUUGCCUUUCCAGCAAGGAAACUCUUCAGCUCCAGUGGAAUUCAUUGCUGACUUUGCUGCUCCAGAUUCUAACAGUGACCCAGAAAAGCCACCACCUCUGCCAGAGAAGAAAAACAAACACAUGAUGGCCUACAUGCAGUUUGUGGAGGACUACUCAGAGCCACAGCCGUCCAUGUUCUACCAGACCCCUCAGAACGAGCACAUCUACCAGAAGAAGAACAAGUGGUUCAGGGAAGUCUGUGGGAUGAAUGACUCCUUUAUCAGCUUAGACCCCACUCAAGACCUGGCACCUCCUCCUGCUCUCCCACCGAAACAGCGGCAGCUGCAGGCCUCCUAUGCUGCCUCUUCUUUCUCUUCUGUCUCCUACUGUGUCCAGCAAACUAAAGUGCCCUUCACCCCCGAGGACUCCGGUGCCACUCAGGGCCUCACUAUGUCAGUCUCUAACUCCUUUCUCAGCCGGCACAGCUCCUUUCCUGUGCACUCGUACAAAUCUGUGUUUAGGUCCUACUCCCAGGACUUUGUGCCUCACAACCAAGUCUCCAUACCUCCUUUCCUGUCUUCUACCUCCUCCUCCUGCUCCACCCCGCCUUUUCCGCCCGUCCAUCCAUCUCCGACCCCCGACCUGGCGGUGCCCGCAGCAGCCAGCCAGUCACCCAGCACUGUGGAUGUGCCAAACUCCUCUUCUCAGGAGAGCAGCUUUAACGGGAAUGCUCCUGUCUGCCUUCCUUCUGAAACCUCUUUCACUGAUUCUCUCCAGACGCCUUCGAGUGAAAACGCCAGUGAGGAGGCUGGUGAGGGUGAAUACGUCAAUCUGUAUUCCUCUGGCCAGAGCAACGGGGAACUCCCUCGCUCUGAAGGAGAAUCUCCCUCUGUCAAAGACUCCAAAGACUCCGCUGUGAACAGCAGUGCCAUGGGGAAGGAGGGCAAAGAUGGUGCUGACAGGCAGCCACAGUCACCAGAUAAUUUGGAAUCGUCACAGCUGGAGGAAGAGGUAGAUGAGCUGUCCCUUAUUGACCACAGCGAAAUCAUGGCUAGAUUAACACUGAAGCAAGAGGGGGAUGAUGGGCCAGAUGUUCGUGGUGGAUCUGGAGACAUCCUGUUGGUGCACGCAACAGAGACCGACAGGAAAGAUCUGGUGCUGUACUGUGAAGCCUUUCUGACGACAUACAGGACAUUUAUUACCCCUGAAGAGCUCAUCAAGAAGCUGCAGUACAGAUAUGAGAAGUUUUGCCACUUCCCAGACACGUUUAAGAAGCGAGUCAGUAAGAACACCUUCUUCGUGCUGGUGCGAGUGGUGGAUGAGCUGUGCUUGGUGGAGUUGACAGAGGAAAUUCUCAAGCUGCUGAUGGACCUGGUCUUCCGGCUGGUCUGCAAUGGGGAGCUGAGCCUUGCCAGGGUGUUACGCAAGAAUAUCCUUGAUAAAGUGGAUCAGAAGAAAAUGCUGAGCUAUGCCAAUUCCAUCAAACCUCUUGCAGCCCGAGGGGUGGCAGCCAGGCCAGGGACACUGCAUGAUUUCCACAGUCAUGAAAUAGCCGAGCAGCUGACCCUCCUGGAUGCUGAACUCUUCUAUAAAAUCGAGAUCCCAGAAGUUUUGCUUUGGGCGAAGGAACAAAAUGAAGAGAAGAGCCCCAACCUGACACAGUUCACAGAGCACUUUAAUAACAUGUCCUACUGGGUCCGUUCAAUAAUUAUGCUACAAGAGAAAGCCCAGGACCGAGAGAGGCUGCUCCUCAAAUUUAUAAAGAUUAUGAAGCACUUACGAAAGCUGAAUAAUUUUAAUUCCUAUCUGGCCAUUCUUUCUGCACUGGAUUCUGCCCCCAUCAGAAGGCUGGAGUGGCAGAAGCAAACCUCAGAGGGCCUGGCUGAGUACUGCACCCUGAUCGACAGCUCCUCAUCCUUCCGCGCCUACCGAGCGGCUCUGGCCGAUGUGGAGCCCCCCUGCAUCCCCUACCUAGGCUUGAUUCUGCAGGAUCUGACCUUUGUUCAUCUGGGAAACCCCGAUUACAUUGACAGCAAAGUGAACUUUUCCAAGCGCUGGCAGCAGUUCAACAUCCUGGACAGCAUGAGGUGCUUCCAGCAAGUACAUUACGACAUCAAAAGAAACGACGACAUAGUGUCAUUCUUCAACGACUUCAGCGACCACCUGGCUGAGGAGGCCUUGUGGGAACUGUCCCUCAAAAUCAAACCUCGGAACAUCACGAGGCGGAAAACAGAUCGAGAAGAGAAGACCUAGGAGGAGGGAUGGUGCGAGCGAGGAGAAUUGCUCCACAGAGGCGCCGAGGGCAGCUAUGAGACUGGAGUUCAAUGUUUGUACCUGUCACUGGAUGACACACCCUCCCUCCCAGCUGGCAGCCAUCCCUGGGGGUGGGAAUGCCGGGCGCUCGCAGCCGGCCAGAGGUGACAGCGCGCGGCCGCCACCGAGGGCAGAGAUCGGCUGGUGCUCGCUGCACUCGCCCUCCUUCUCCUCCCGUCCCUCUGUGCCAUGAACCAGCUUUAAACCUGGGGAGAGAGCUGUGUGGAAGGAGAGUCCUGCACCAGCGCGUUGGUUUGCUGGCCCAUUCCAUCCGGGAAUAGCCCGGCUUCUGUUUUCGUCCACGAAGGAAGGUCAGCAAGAGCUCAGCACCCGCAGACUUGUCUCUGGAGUGACGUUGGGCAGGAGCAGACGUGGAAGCCAAGGGUUUGAGUCUCCCCUGCAAUGCCACCUCCAAACGUGUUCAUCCAUGGGAGAUGAGGAUGGAAGUGUUCCUGCUGCCUGCCAGAGGAGCUCUGCUUUCAGAGAGCUACUUGUGUUUACAGGGGUCUUGGUUCGCCCCAGAUCUCUGGCGCCUUCUUCGUGGGAGGAAGGCACCGGUCGUAGAUACGGAAGAGGCACUGAAAACGUGGGCAGGGACCCGCCAUCUCCAGUCAUCACAUCCCCCUCCUCCUCUCAGAUCUCGUUAUUUAAGCAACGGUAAAUCCCUCUGAACCUGGACACACGGACUACCCAGGUACUGCGGGUCACUGUCCGUGGCCCCGUGUCUCUUAGCGAUGGUACUUAGCUUUUGCACAGGAAAUGCUGUAGUAUAUGGACUGUACAUACUAGUGUUUAGAAUCCGUUGGGGAUUUUUGAUGCAUGUCUGAAUACUGAUGAAUUUAUAGGAAAAAAAAAAAA